CAACUGACAAGGUGAGUGAAGUCAGUACGUUCAUUCUUUCUUAUAGAUGCCUGUGGAAUUCUUCACAUCUACGUGUGUGAUGUGAAUUUAACAUUUGACCUAAACAGAAGAAGAAACAGUCAGGAUGAUGUGCAGUCUCUUGUUCAUGUCUCUGAUCAUUGUGUCAAACACACAGAACCUGAUAAGAGUUGGGAAAACGUCUCAGUCUUCAACCUGGAAAGAUGGUUCUGGUACUUACUCUUCUGAAAGAGCCGUUGAUGGGAUCUGGACACAAUGUGCUGAUACAAAUGCGAAGAACAACAACUGGUGGAGCGCUGACCUGCUGCGCCUGUAUGAGAUUUAUAAUAUCAUGAUCUACAACAGUGAUCAAAGUAACAUUAAUAUGGAGGGAGCUCAGAUCGUCAUUGGGAACUCAUCUGAGAAGAGGAUCAGCACCAGCAACCUGUGUAAAACCAUCACAAACUUCACAUUGAACCAAAACAACACUUUUCAGUGUGACGGUGGAUCAAUGUGGGGACGCUAUGUUACCAUAUAUUUACAGACACGCAUUCUUAUUCUGUGUGAGGUGCAGAUCUACGGAAUAAGGAAAGAUUUGAUGCUGAUACGUGAGAACAGGACAUGGUUAGAUUCACUGAUCUACUGCAGAGACCACAACAUGGACCUGGCCUAUAUCCAUGACAAUGAGACCCAGGUCUGGGCUGAGUUGGAGCUACAGAACUCCAACAGUCCCUUUGUGUGGCUGGGCCUUCACUACACCUGCACCUUAGGGUUCUGGUUCUGGGUGGGUGAUCAUCCUCUACAGUACAAAAACUGGGAUCCAAAUGAAAAAAGAGCAAAUGAGUGUGACAUGAGUGUUGCCAUAAAUAAAGACAACCAUUACUGGUACAGCAAACCUGACAGUAAAGAGUUUAAUUUCAUGUGUAUCAUAUAAGAGACAUCACUGUCUUGUAUUUUUCCACUGGUGUUGAUGGGGUGACUGUUCGGAUAUAUUGAUUUUGUUUACCUUUAACAUUGUCUUUUUUAUUUAUUUAUUUAUUUUUUGUUCUGUCCAGCAGUUUAACAAGCAGCAUAUCUUACACUGAAUGUCAUAUUGUGAUUGUUAUGGGAAAAAUGGUCUCUUCCUUAUUUCUAUGUCUCUUCCUUAUUUCUAUGUCUCUUCCUUAUUUCUAUGCAGUUAUUAUACGAUUUAUGACUUAUGUUCUGCAAUUAAUAUCUUAUGUUUUGUCUUACUGUAUGCAUUUGACAUUUCACCUAGAUUGUUCAAUGGUUGUCUCUGCCUGAUAGACUCUCAACUCUAGCUCCCAAACCCAAGGUUGGGGAGUUGUGUCUCUGUCUGUUGAGACUUGGUGCUCCUUUCUCACAGAUAGUUGGCCGUCAGCGAUGCAGGUGUGAGAAUGUAAAUAUCUUCACACACACUGCGACAGGAAGGAGAUGGUGCAUGUAAUUUGAUUGGGUUAGAAAGACAUUCCACCCUAGUCGGACAGAGAAGCUAAAAGGCAGAAGCAACUUGAGGAUCGUGGGCUCUUUGCAUCACACCUUCGUGGUGUGUGCACUGAUCUCCCGAGCUGGUUUUUGGUUUGUUGAUGUGCACGAUCAACAUCCAUGCUUUUUAUUUGCUUUCCCCAUUAUUUUUAUUUUCUUUAUUAUUUCAAUAAAUCACACAAAAGGACAA